AUGGAUGAAUGGCGAAUACAACAGCAACAUCAUAGAAUGAUAUCCGGUGGCGUAGGUCCAAUUCUUGGUUAUCAUACAAUACAUUCAAGAAGUUCUCCAUAUCCAUCACCGCAUCAAAUGAGUGAAAUCAAACAAUCAUAUCAAUAUCAACAAAAUUCAUCAACAGCGUCAUCUAAUCCUCUUUCUCCAUCUAAUUCAGCAACAUCACCAAAUCCAAAUACAACACCAAUAUGUGUUAAAAAUGAUUCCGAUGAUACAACAUUAUCAUCAUCAUUAUCUGAUGAAGUUUCCUCAACUUCAAAUCCUAAUAUUUAUACUCCUAAUAAUACAAAUGUUUCAUAUACAUCUGUUCAAAUGGAACAAAUUCAACAACAACAACAACAACAACAACAACAACAACGAAUCAUGGCUACGAAAACACAUGGUCCCAUGGUUGGUUAUCAUCCAGGUCAACAACAAAUGAUGGCAGCACGAACACGUUCAAUGCCAUAUCCAAUGCCUCCGCCUCCAUCUCAUCAUCAACCUCAUCCAUCUAUGUAUUCACACCCGUCAGGUGCAGUUUGUCAAUGUACUCAACAUAUGCAUACGACUAAUGGUCAUUAUCCAAUGCAUCCAUCACAACAAAUGUAUUAUCAACAACAACAUGAAGUAUGGUAUCGAUACCAACAACAAGCUGCUUGGAGACAACACCAGAUUCAACAGCAACAGCAGCAACAGCAACAACAACAACAACAACAACAACAGCAACAUUUACAUCCUCAUCCUCAGCCAAUACCUAUUGAACAAAGUUAUAAUGCUAUUUUAUCUGAUACAACAUCUACAACAAAAUUAAAAGGAACAAAAACAAAAACAAAAAAGAAACAAAAUACUACAGCUUCAUUAAAUGAAGACUCUCUUAUAAAAUAUCAACCAAUAGCACCACCAUCAUCUUUAAAUAUACCUGUGCAACAACAACAACGUGUAUGUAUUCCCCCACCACUUUCAACAACAUAUUAUCCAUCAGUUUAUUCAACAUCAAAUUCAUAUGUACCAGCUCAACAAUUACCUCCACCAUCAGCAUCUUUAUCUAUUCCACAAGAUCAUCCAAUGUAUGCUCAAACAUCUCCAACAACACUCUCACAUCAUCAAUCUCAAAUAUUCACAAGUCCAUUGAGUAAUCCUGGUACACCACAUCAAAUGCAUAGUAAUGGAGAAUUUAAUGGUACUGCUGAAUUCGGUGUACCAUAUCACCAUGGUGCUCCAGGUUCAGUUAAUUCUCUUACAGAUGCACUUUGUCCUAGUGGUGAUACUAAUGAUAGACAAAUGACACCUGGUCCACCGAGUGUUGGUACACCUCGUGUUGCUCCACAUCAAUAUUCAUUUCCACAUACACCAUUAACUCCUCAAACAAUAAACAAUCAAAAUACAAAUCCUCAUACACCAGUUAUGAUGCCACCGACACCAAAUCCUUUAUCAGCACCACCGACACCUUUAACACGUCCACGAUCGUCAAGUGAUCAAACACAAUUAAUGUCAAAUCAUAAUCAACAAUAUGAACAAAAUAAAUCCAUGAAUAAUGUUGAUGAUUUAGCUGCUUAUCUUAAAGAUCCAACAAAUGUUUAUUUAACUGAUGAUGUAUCAUCCACAUUUUUUGAUGAUAUUGAUGCAUUGGCUGAUACAUAUUUAGGACAACAAUCAAACAAUCAACAACAAGCUAAUGUUGAUAAUAAUUCAGCUGAAGAUAUUCUCUUAAAUUUUCUUUGUUCGGAUCUUACAACAUAA